UUGAUGUUGAUGGCUGAGGAUGAAGCACUACUGUUCCUUUAUCAGGCUCAACGUUGACUGAAUUAUCAAACUGAACAUGUGACACAUGAUUAAAUGGAGUGGGCUGAGCUUUUCUUACUUGAUGAUCACAUGGAUUUUUUAUUUCACCUAAAUGAAUACUUGGUUUAAAAUUAGUCUCAUGAACUUGCGGAGAACUUUUAAAUUUAUUCCUUGGAGUAUUAUUCAAGGCAGUCGAUUGAGUAUCAUUGUUACUAGGAAAUGAAAUACUUUGAACAUUCGACAUUUCGUUGUCUGGCACUUCUCUCAAAUUCAAAAAUUCUGAAGUUGAAACUGAGGCAUUUUCAUUACACACAACACUACGAAUAAGUAUAAAUAAAAUUAUGAAAACAAAGGAAUCAAGGAUCAUCAUGAUUAAUCCAGUUUCUCGACCAGUUGUAAGAAGAAGAUAAAAAUGAUUUAUAUGGCAAAGAAAAAGUCACGACUCAUAGAGAACUUACACUUAUUGUUAAAUGAUCAACUUUGUGAUUGCAAUUCUUAUCUUUGGCAAUGGCUUAGAUGAAUAUAAUUGAUUAAUAUCAAGAUCUGCCCUACUAAUGAGCAUUCACAACUUUCCCGGAUGUAACAAAGGUGUAAAUUGGAUACGCACGUUUAGUACAGAAAGCGAGUUCAAAGUGCGUACUUAAAGUGUUUCUUUGGAUCUUCUUGGAUUUCACUUUUUCUUCUUUCUCUUCUAUAAAUAUGUCCUACUUGCUUAAGCACAUAGAAAAAGAAAAACAAGUAAUUGAAAAUGUCACAUAGUGAAAAGUAAUAUUUAAACUUUAUAUGUUGCAAGGGAAAUUGGUCUGCUUCAUAGAUACAUCUAAGAGAGAAAAUAAAUAAACGUGAUAGGAUGUUUUUCUAAAUUACAAAUCACUCUUCUGGUUUAUAGUAAUGUCAUCAUUAUCCGGUUUAAAGGUUCAAAUUAUUUCUUAACCAUGACAAAGUGGUUUCGGCCACAUAAUAUAAUAGAAGAGUCUAUUGGGAGUAUUUGUGAUGGGCAUUGCUUAAAAUAUGAAACAUUUAUUUUUAAUGAAGACUCCAUGUCAGAGAGUAAUAUGAUAAAGCAAAAAAUUUUUAAGAGAGUUGUCUCAUAAAUGACUCUCGUAAAUAUCUCUGACAGCAGAUUCUAUACGAUAUCCAGCUGCCAUUACAAUAAUUAGACCAUGACGAUGACGAUUCAACAUUAUUGUAUGUCAAAUAAAAUUGAACAAAAAUAUUCUUAAAACUAAUAAAAUUUUAACUAUUAUUAUUUUUCUUUAUACUGAAAAUUAUACUGGCGAUAAAAAAAUGAAAAAAAUCAGUAUGAUUUUUAUAGUUUCUCAUCACGUGUUUCGUCCAUUCUCUUGAGCCAAAAGGUCAGCUAUUGAGGCGUAAAGAUGAAUAAUCGCAAGAUAAAACAAUAGCACAAUAUUAGAAGGAGAGAAUGCAGAAAUAAAUGAAAGAGUGAGUGUGCGCUCUCUUGAUUAUUAGAUUUAACGGAGACACAAUCACUAGGUAUGAGAAAGCAAGAUAGAAAAUGGACCACUUGUGCAACGAAGUGGGGAUUUGGAUUAAAAGCAAACGAGGACAUAGACCCAGACCCAGAGUAAUCUCAAACCUUGAACAGUUAAGGUCACUGCUGCAGUAAUAAGACAAGAUCAAGAACAAGUGUAUGCGCUAAGGAAGUUUAUUGUUUAUGUAAUCUUCGCGUACUUGAGUUGAACAACGUACGCGAAAGUUGGAGCUUCAAUAUUCAUUAACGAUGGCGUGGAAAAGUCCAAUAAUGAUUAUUUUAUUUAUGAUAAUCUUGGUCUUAAAAGAAUCUAACGCCGAUACAAAAUACUUUGUCAAGUUAAACACCAAAGAAACACAAAUUCCAUCAUCAGAAAUAAUAAAUAAAACCAGGAAUAUUCAGGAUGAUAAAGUUCGAGCCUUUCAUAAUGUUGAUGAUGCAUCUGUGAUUCGAGAAAUACUGAAAGCGAAUCAACAGCGGCGAAACUCGUUUAUUGAAGCUUCUACGUUCGAUCCAAACGUGUUGAACAAGUUUCUUGGAGAAUAUGCUAAUAAAAUAAGAAGUACGACCGAUCCAAAUGAAUUUCCUUAUUCCUAUGAAACAACCAAAGAAUCAUCUAUAACUGCUUCUGAUGUUGAUGCUAGUAGCUCUGAAAUUUCGACUUCUACUGAAGAUUUCAUAACAAUUAAUGGAUCUACAAUAUCACUUGAGCAAUUAAAUGAUACAAUAAAAAGAAAUAAAUUUCACAAUCAAAAUCAUAAUGAUAAUCGAAAUGGAUGGGUUACACUGGAAGCUAUUCCAUGGUCCAAAAGUAAAAUAUCUAAAUGGCAAGCAAAUCCCAAUUCACAACGACCAUGGAGUGAUAAUAAAUGGGAUAAUAAAUUGAGUAAUUCUAAACCUUGGACAUCAGAUUAUUCUUCUAGACCACCUUUUGAUAAUAAUAAAUCAUGGUACGACAAACAAAAACCACAUUUGUCAGAUUUUCAAUCUGAGAAACUAAGACCAUCAACGCGACCGUCUUACCCAAACAAUUAUUACGACUCAAAUCCAGGCCAGGCACAGAAAUGGCCCCCAGAAAAACCAAGUUCACCAUGGGACGAUUUUGCAAAUGCUCAUCGACCUCAUAGUGAUAUCAUUAUAACCGAUGACAGACCAUCUAACUUUCCAGUAAGCGACUGGGACAAGUACGAUCAAGUAACAAGACCAACUUACUCGUCUUUCAACGACAGAUACGAUACAGAAUCGUACGAAGAAGCUAAUAAUAACUGGCCAGGAUCAAACUAUCCACACAAAUAUGAUAGCUACGAAAAGCCAACUUUCUCACGACCCAACCGACCACAUUUUUCAGGACAAUACGAAUAUGAAAAUCGGUAUCCACCAUCUCACCCAUCUAGUGGUGAUGGUCAAUGGGUACUUUUAUCAACCAAUCGUGGCUACUCACGCCAAAGAUCUCUGAAAUAUAAUUCGAAUGGAGAUACGACGUAUCAUGGGAACGGGACCGUGAGUAAAUUGCCCAGGGGUGAAAGACCUGAUCCUGCUGUCGAAGUGGUAUCAUCUAAACGACAGGUAAGAUUGACUGUCCUGCCUUCCAUAAAUGGUACAAACACUACGACAUCCCAUGGAGGACUACUUGAGGUCGAGAAAACGUUCAAGACUGUCGAAGAAAGCCGAAGGGAAUAUGAAGCUGCAAAAUUAUUAGCUGAAGCUACAAGUACUAGUAGUAGUACAUUACUAGGGAGUAAUGCAUUACUAGGAAGUAAUUCAUUGAUUGGUAGUAAUUUUGCUUCAGUAAUUAAGAAAAGACCUGUGACACGUGGUGUCGGUGCUAGACCAUCGAAUUCAGCGGUUUUGGCUGCUGUUAGUGCUGGAAUGUUACCUGCUACCAUGGCCAUGAUGAUUCCUAUUAUGUUAGGUCGAAAGAAACGUUCUCUAGACCAAAUGAAAUUCACAGAGUUUUUUUAUAAACGUCGAGAAUAAAUUUUAUCAUUUUUGGAAGAAUUUUUCGG